AGCAAUGUAUCGAUACUGAAGAAAUUGAGUCGAUACUCAUCUGUAUCGUUAUUACAAAUAUCGAAUCACAUCACGCAUCCUACUGUUUGUGUGCAUGUGCAUACUUCCAUUCUCUGGAAGGUUAUGCGAGGAUUCAUUUGUCACCUUAAAUCAGGGAUUAUGGAUUAACAAUAGGCUCCUUUUAUAACUAUGAACUGUACAGUAAUUAAGUCUUUCUUAAGAAUCCCCAAAAUUUGGACAUGAUGUCGUUUCGAUUAGGACCAUGGUGGACAACAUGUACAAGAACGAUGUCAAAUAGAUCUUUUAUUCCUAAAGGUCAAACACAUUAUGAGACUCUAGAAGUAAAACGUUCAGCGACACAAGAUCAAAUCAAAGCAGCUUAUUACAAGUUAACUAUGAAGUAUCACCCUGACAGAAAUAAAAGCGAAUCUGCUAAACAAAAGUUUCGGGAUGUUGCAGACGCGUAUAACAUUUUAGGAAAUUACACUAGCCGAAAAAAAUAUGAUCGAGGUACAUUGGUGACGGCAUAUCAGAAGGAUCUAAAGCAUGAUGCUGAGAUAAAGAGUGAGCAUCCCCAUCAGCGCUUCUAUCAAUCUCGGAUGAGUACUAAUGAACAUACAGCGAAAAAUGAAAAAAAGGAUAGUCAUAACUUUGAAACUUGGACACACGAUCAUUAUGAAAAAUUAUUUGCUCAAAGAAUGGAAUUAAAAGCAAAAAGGGACCUAAAGGACAAAAUGAAGGAAUCAGAUGAUCAAGUGUCUGUCAAAGUUGUCAUUACUGUCGCUUGUAUUUGUCUUAUAAUAAUAGGGGUUGGUAUGUUCACACGUCAAAUCAGUGAUACUGACAAAGUAUAUGUAAGAACUAAAGACACUGAUUCCUUGGAUAAAAAUACUGUGUCUGUGGAAGACACAAAAUAAUGCUAGUAUUCUAGUGGCAUAAAAAUAUGUAGCAAAUAUAAUGGUAUAGUACAUUGUUAAUUAUCCAAGAUAUUAUUUAUUAAAAAAAAUGGUUAUUUACAUUACAAAUGGGAAUAUAAAAUGUAAAUU